GUUGAUUUGGAGAAAAAAUCGGAGCUCCCCCCCUUUUUUUUAAUCGUAAAUGUGAGAUGUGAGACACUUCUUUGUUCAAGCGGCUCCCACAUCUACGAAAGGAUGUACGUAGUUUGGAUCCUCUUCAUCUGCAUUGAGGAGGGAUUUGCUACGGGGCAGAAAGCUAAAGAUGCCCCGCCAGUAACCAAAGCAGUGGCUGCACCCUCUCAGCCACCCCCCCGCACCCGGCACUGUGGCAACUGGGAGCGGAACAUAGAUGGGGGUAGUUUCAGCUCACCAAACUACCCCAAUAAAUACCCCCCAAACAAGGAGUGUCUCUAUGUACUAGAAGCCCAGCCCAGACAGAGGAUAGAGCUGCAGUUCAACAAAACCUUCUACAUUGAGGGCUCGUUUGAGUGCCGUUUUGACCACCUGGAGGUGCGGGACGGCCCCUUCAGCUUCUCCCCCCUGAUCAGUCGCUUUUGUGGCUCAGCCAACCCCGGGCUUGUGCUGUCCAGUGGGCGCUUCAUGUGGAUACGAUUCUACAGCGACGAGGAACUGGAGGGCAUCGGCUUCCACGUGCAGUACAGCUUCACAGAUGAUCCUGAAUUCCACUUGCACGUAGGAGGUCUUUUAAACCCCAUCCCAGACUGUCAGUUUGAGCUGUCUGGGGCUGACGGUGUGAUCCGCUCCAGUCAGGUGGAGGAGGACAAUAAGGUGAAAGCUGACCAGGCUGUGGACUGCAUCUGGACCAUCCGUGCUCCCAAGAACCACCGCAUUUACCUGCACUUUCUGGAGUAUCAGAUGGAAAACUCCAAUGAGUGUAAGAAGAAUUUUGUGGCCAUUUACGAUGGCAGCAACGCGAUCGAGGACCUGAAGGCCAAGUUUUGUAGCACAGUGGCUAACGACGUGAUGCUGGAGACCGGGGUGGGCGUGGUGCGCAUGUGGGCCGAUGAGGGCAGUCGACUUAGCCGCUUCAGGAUGCUCUUCACCUCCUUCUCCGAACCUCCAUGUGUCAGUGGCUCCUUCUUCUGUGACAAUAACAUGUGCAUCAACAAUUCACUGGUGUGUAAUGGCAUCCAGAACUGUAUGUUCCCCUGGGACGAGAACAACUGCAAAGAGAAAAAGUCCAAAGGUCUUCUGUUCCACCUGACCAAGACCCACGGCUCCAUCAUCUGCGUGUCCACUGGGCUGGUGCUGCUGCUCUUCGUCUCUAUCUUGGUGCAGGUGAAGCAGCCUCGUAAGAAGGUGCUGGUGCGGAAGAACAUGUUCCAGAGAGGGGAGUGUCAGGAGGUGUUUGAUCCUCCGCACUAUGAGCUCUUCUCACUCAGAGACAAGGACGCCCCAGCAGACAUCGGAGCCCUAUCUGAAGAGCUCCAGUCCUUGCAGGCCCUCCGUCGCUCCUCCACCUCCUCGCGGUGCAUCCACGAGCACCACUGUGGAUCUCAGGCCUCUAUCAACUCCCUCAAGCCCUCCCAGGGUGCACUCUCUCUGGGCAGAGGGUCCGUGGACCUGCCCCCCCUCAGAGGAGAGCUCCAUGGCACUCUACCCUCGCUGAGGGAUGUCAACAGUAGCCUGAGGAAGAAGAGCUGGCCCAGUGUGCAGCAAGGCCGGAUCCAGUCCCACCACAACUCUCUGAGCAGGCAGGACAGGGUGAUGGAGGAAGAGGAGGAGGAUGAGGAAGAUGGGAGAUAUGACGUGUAUGUGCGCCGAGCGGGCAGUCGCAGAGCCAAUUCGGAGAUGGCGCAGCAGAGGUCCCUGUCUAUGGAUUUUUGA